CCCCGGGGAGAGGAUUGAGGAAGCCAGCAGCAGCCUGCAGGUUCUCUGGCAGAGGAACGGCGACUCAGGAGAGCCAAGCCUGCUCUCUUCCUCUGAGACUGUCUCUCGCUCUUUCUCAUUCUGAAAAAAAUAUCUGGACACUCCUAAAAGUUUUUAGCCUCUGUCCAGGGGAUUUUUUUUUAACCACAAGGGGGUAAUUCCUCCUCCAUCCCUGCCGUGAGUGACUCAACUGUGACGUCAUACCACACAAGCCAGAGAGGAGAAGAUAAAGUCACCAGAACGGGUUGCCCAGGCUGGGACCCACUUCUCUCUACAACUCCACAAGGCUGGUCCUCUGGCCAUCUGAGACCACCAGAUGGCCUCCAGCUCAGCCCCUGAUGAAAACGAGUUUCAGUUUGGUUGCCCCCCUGCCGCCUGCCAGGACCCAUCAGAGCCCAGAGCUCUCUGCUGCACAGCCUGUCUCUCUGAGAACCUGAGAGACGGCGAGGAGCAGAUCUGUCCUAAAUGCAGAGCAAACAGCCUCCAACCUGUGAGUCCAGGAAACUUCCAGACUCAGGAGAAGGAUCACCCUGAUGUGGCAGAGGCUGGAGCUGUGUGUCCCUUCGCGGAUGUUGGCUGUUCGUUCAAAGGGAGCCCACAGUCUAUGCAGAAGCAUGAGGCCACCUCCCAGGCCUCCCACCUCCACCUGCUUCUGGGGGCCCUAAAGGAAUGGAAGUCCUUGCCAGGCUCCAACCUGGGCUCCACACCCAUGGCCCUGGAGCAGAACCUGUCAGAGUUGCAACUUCAGGCAGCUGUGGAAGUGACAGGGGACCUGGAGGUAGACUGCUACCGGGCACCUUGCUGUGAGAGCCAGGAAGAGCAGGCCCUGGGGCAUGUCCUGAAGGAGAAGGUGCUGGCUCAGCUGGAGGAGAAGCUGCGUGUGUUUGAGAACAUCAUCGCUGUCCUCAACAAGGAAGUGGAGGCGUCCCACCUGGCGCUGGCUGCCUCCAUCCACCAGAGUCAGUUGGACCGAGAGCACAUCCUGAGCUUGGAGCAGAGGGUGGUGGAGUUGCAGCAGACCCUGGCCCAAAAAGACCAGGUCCUGGGCAAGCUCGAACAGAGCCUGCGACUCAUGGAAGAGGCUUCCUUUGAUGGUACCUUCCUGUGGAAGAUCACCAAUGUCACCAGGCGAUGCCACGAGUCAGUGUGUGGCAGGACUGUCAGCCUCUUCUCUCCAGCUUUCUACACUGCCAAGUAUGGCUACAAGCUGUGUCUGCGAUUGUACCUCAAUGGAGAUGGCUCAGGCAAGAAGACUCACCUGUCCCUGUUCAUUGUGAUUAUGAGGGGGGAGUAUGAUGCGUUACUGCCCUGGCCUUUCCGAAAUAAGGUCACCUUCAUGCUACUUGAUCAGAACAACCGCGAGCACGCCAUCGAUGCCUUCCGGCCGGACCUGAGCUCAGCCUCCUUCCAGCGGCCGCAGACUGAGACCAACGUGGCCAGUGGCUGCCCGCUCUUCUUCCCCCUCAGCAAGCUACAGUCAUCCAAGCACGCCUACGUAAAAGACGACACGAUGUUCCUCAAGUGCAUUGUGGACACCAGUGCUUAGGGA